UCGGCGCUCCGGCGUGCCAGCUCGAGUGGGCGCACGAGGCUCACUCCGCCCCCACCGCCGCCGCUCGCUCGUUCGUUCGUUCGCUCGCUCGUUCGCUCGCUCGCUCCCGCGAACCCCCGCGCGCGCUCCUCCGUCCACAGCGCAUCACUGCAAAACCUCGGGCUGAGGCAGCGCGAGCGACGAGUCCACGAGCGCAGCGGGCGGCCACACUCAUGUCCCCGCGUGCCACGCGCAGGAACGCGCCGCUGCUGAGCUGAAAACACGGCGGACGUUCGCGCUGCUGUGACGGUAUUUUUUUUCCCCCCCUUCCUCUUCUUCAAAAUACACAUUUUUUCUUCCAGCUGAACGGGAUGAGCAUCAGCAUGAUGAUGUCUUCGCGGUGGAGUUGUGCGAGACGGCGCUUCUUGUGCGCCAAAGUGUGGGGCUGCUUCGUCACCCUGGCGGCACUCGGGAGCUCCGCGAUUCCGAGCAACGAAGUGAACCUCCUGGACUCCAGAUCUGUGGUGGACGACCUGGGAUGGAUAGCCUAUCCAAAGAACGGAUGGGAAGAGAUUGGGGAGGUGGAUGAAAACUAUGCUCCGAUUCAUACAUAUCAGGUGUGUAGAGUGAUGGAGAACAAUCAGAACAACUGGCUGCAGACAAACUGGAUUCUGAACGAAGGUGCCCAGAGGGUCUUCGUAGAGCUCAAGUUCACACUGCGGGACUGCAACAGCCUGCCCGGAGGGCUGGGCACCUGCAAGGAGACCUUCAACAUGUUUUACUAUGAAUCCAACGAUGAGGAGGGCAGGAACAUCCGUGAGAGUGAGUAUGUGAAGAUUGACACCAUCGCCGCUGACGAGAGCUUCACAGAACUGGACCUUGGGGACCGGGUCAUGAAGCUCAACACGGAGGUCCGGGAUGUGGGACCCUUGACCAAGAAGGGCUUCUACCUGGCCUUCCAGGAUGUGGGGGCCUGCAUCGCCCUGGUUUCUGUGCGAGUCUUCUACAAGAAGUGCCCUGCAGUGGUCAAGAACCUAGCCUUGUUCCCGGACACCAUAACUGGGGCCGACUCUUCCCAGCUGCUGGAGGUCUCGGGCACCUGUGUCAACAAGUCGAUGGCAGAUGAACCUCCCAAAAUGCACUGCAGCGCCGAAGGGGAAUGGCUGGUUCCCAUUGGGAAGUGCAUGUGCCAGCCUGGCUACGAAGAAAAGAACGGUACCUGCCAAGCGUGCAGACCCGGGUUCUUCAAGGCUUCCGCCCAGACUCCGAACUGCGCCAAGUGCCCUCCCCACAGCUACACCAAGACGGAGGCCUCCCCCUCCUGCCAGUGCGACGAGGGCUUCUACCGCCGAGACUCGGACCCUGACAACAUGGCGUGCACCAAGCCCCCCACGGCUCCCCGCAAUGCCAUUUCCAACGUGAACGAGACCAGCGUGUUUCUGGAGUGGUCGCCUCCAGAGGACACGGGUGGCCGGAAGGACGUCACCUACAACGUGGUGUGCCGGAAGGUCGCGGCCGAGCCGUGGCGCUUUGAGGAGUGCGGUGGCCACGUACGCUACCUCCCGCGGCGGACUAGCCUGCGCAACUGCUCGGUCAUGGUUGCCGACCUCCUGGCGCACACCAACUACACAUUUGAGGUGGAGGCCAUAAAUGGCGUCUCUCAUUUCGGCGGCGACAGCCGACAGUUCGUCACACUAAAUGUCACCACCAACCAAGCAGCGCCGUCACCUGUCAGCGUUGUGAAGAAGGGGAAGACUGCAAAAAACAGCAUCGCCGUUUCAUGGCAGGAGCCCGACAGGCCCAACGGCAUCAUCCUUGAGUACGAGAUCAAGUACUUUGAAAAGGAUCAGGAGACCAGCUAUACCAUCAUCAAGUCGAAGGAGACGGAGGUGGUUGCCGAAGGCCUGAGACCCUCCUCCGUCUACGUGUUCCAGGUCCGGGCUCGUACCGCAGCUGGAUACGGCGGCUUUAGCCGCCGUUUUGAAUUUGAAACCAGUCCCUACAUAGCUGCAUCGAAGGACCAAAGCCAGGUGCCCAUCGUGGCCGUCGCCGUCAUUGUGGGUGUCGUCCUGCUGGCCUUGGUCACCGGGUUCCUGCUCAGUGGAAGGCGCUGUGGAUACAGCAAGGCGAAGCAGGACCCUGACGAGGAAAAGAUGCACUUCCACAACGGCCUCCUGCAGUUCCCCGGCGUACGCACAUACAUUGACCCGCACACGUAUGAGGACCCCAAUCAAGCCGUGCACGAGUUUGCGAAGGAAAUCGAUGCCUCCUGCAUCACGAUUGAGAGAGUUAUAGGGGCUGGUGAGUUUGGGGAGGUGUGCAGUGGCCCGCUGCGGCUGCCUGGCAAGCGGGAGAUCACCGUGGCCAUCAAGACGCUCAAAGCCGGCUACACAGAGAAACAGAGGCGGGACUUCCUGGCCGAGGCGAGCAUCAUGGGCCAGUUUGACCACCCCAACAUCAUCCACCUGGAAGGCGUGGUCACAAAAAGUAAACCGGUGAUGAUAGUGACGGAGUACAUGGAAAACGGAUCCCUUGACACAUUUCUAAAGAAAAAUGACGGUCAGUUCACGGUGAUCCAGCUCGUGGGAAUGCUGAGGGGCAUUGCGUCAGGCAUGCGGUACCUGUCUGACAUGGGCUACGUGCACCGUGACCUGGCCGCCCGCAACAUCCUGGUCAACAGCAACCUGGUGUGCAAGGUGUCCGACUUCGGCCUGUCCAGGGUCCUGGAGGACGACCCCGAGGCAGCCUACACCACGAGGGGUGGGAAAAUUCCAAUUCGCUGGACGGCCCCCGAGGCGAUCGCGUUCCGCAAGUUCACCUCUGCCAGCGAUGUGUGGAGCUACGGCAUCGUCAUGUGGGAGGUGAUGUCCUAUGGUGAGAGGCCCUACUGGGAAAUGAGCAAUCAAGAUGUGAUCAAGGCCGUAGAGGAGAAUUACCGCCUCCCAGGCCCCAUGGACUGCCCUGCAGCACUCUACCAACUCAUGAUGGACUGCUGGCAGAAGGACCGCAACAGCCGGCCCAAGUUUGAGGAGAUCGUAGGCCUGCUGGAUAAGCUUAUCCGCAACCCCAGUAGCCUGAAGACCCUUGUGAAUUCCUCUGACAGGGGGUCCAAUCUGUUAGUGGAGCCAGGGCUGACGGAAUGCGGUGUCUAUCAAUCAGUGGAGGAAUGGCUGGAGGCCAUCAAAAUGGGUCGAUACACCCAGCUCUUCGUGGAGAGCGGCUACACCUCGCUGGAGGUGGUGACGCAAAUGACCCUGGAUGAUCUGAGAAGGGUUGGGGUGAAUCUUGCCGGACACCAAAAGAAGAUCAUCAACAGCAUUCAGGAGAUGAGGGUGAGGAUGAUGAACAGCAGUUUAACAUUCUGAGCUGCCAGUCACACCUAUGGCACAAAAAAUAGCACUUUUUAUAAAUGCAAACUUUUACUUGUUUUCCGGGAAUGUAAAAAAAAAAAAAAAAAAAAAAAAAAACAAAGAAAAACAAAAAAGGGAAGGAACAUUUUUGAAACCGACAAAUGGAACUGCUCUGGAGAAAGGCCAACCUGUCUUUCGCUAAGGCAACAAAGGGGUGAUAAUCAGCAUGAUGUUCCAAAAGAUGUGUCACAUUUCUGAAAAGUAAAUGCCUAGCUAGGCCCAUUCCGGACUCUGGGACAAAUAUGGAGAAUUCCUGCCUGAUGGUCCAAGUCAUCUAAGGAUGGGGUUACCUCCGGUUACCGAACCAAACCACCAGUCAUCUGUUGCUCCUGGAUAUAUCUUUGAAAGUCCACUAAAAAUCUGAGCUCCUGCAGGAAGAUAUAUUCAAUAUCAUUCAUUAAA